CCACCACCACCACCACCGUCUUCACGCUCCUUUGCGUUUGCCUUGGACGUAGUUCGCCAUGGGGCUCAACCUGCAGGAUCCGCUCGUCCAGAUCAAACUGACGCAGGCGGUCUGCGGAUUCGUCGCAAUCUUCAUGACUGUCGCGCGGCUCUACAUCCGUAGGGGCCGAUACUGGUGGGACGAUGCCUGGGCUUUCUUCGCCCUCAUCAACCUAUUCAUUCAAUUUGCUGGCAUCUUCAUGCAUGUCGAGAACCCGGCGCAGCUCUCCAAGACUAGCCGCGUCGCCGCCUACUACCUCAUCGCCGUCACCUUCUACACCAUUAUAUGGUCCGCGCGCCUCUCCAUCCUCUUCACCAUUAUCCGCAUCGACCCCGACCCCGCCAUGCGCCACCGCCUCAAGUACGUCGCGGGCGUAUUUAUCUUCGCGAUCGUCUUCUUCUUCUGCCAGCUCAUGUGGGUCUGCGAGCCCCCGAGCAAGCGCGCUUGGAAAGACGUAAAGAGCCCACAGUGCGAGCUUGGCAGCCAGGUGGCGAUCUGCCAGAUUGUCACGGAUGUGAUUUCCGACCUGUUGCUGAUGCUCCUUCCCUUGCGGCUAAUCAGGGGUAUCCAAAGCAAAGGCCUUCGUCGGCGCCUCAUGGUCAUUUUCUCGACCUCCAUCUCUCUCGUGCACGCGGCUUACAUCAUCGCCGUCGGCGGGACCAAGGUCGUGCUCAUUGCCGCGAUCGAGGACUGCCUCUCGCUGACCGUCGCAAAUCUGCCCGUCAUGGCCACCUCGCUCUUCCGCGCGCUCGGCAUGCACGCGGACGGCGGUGCAGGCGAUUCGGAAAUGGACGACACCGGGGAGGACAUCCACUUUAAGACGCGUUCGCGCAGCCAGGCGGCGACUGGGCUAAGGAGCAGGAUUAGCGGGAUGUUUGCUGGGGGCGGGAGGACGACGACUACGACGUGGAUCGGUAAGGAAACGGUUGGGAGGGGAACUGUGGGGACGGAAGAUACCGGGGAUACGAGGGAAGAUGAGGGGGCGGUGAAGAAGGUCGGGUUUGUUGCCGUCGGAGAGAAGGGGAGGGAGGGGUUGGUGCAGUUUGCCCCGACUUUGCGGCAGGAGGGCAGCGCGGCGAGCGUUCCUGUGAAGCCAGGAGAUCUUGCCUCCGAAACUUGAUCUGGCGAGAAGGAAAAGGCGCAUAAUCUAGAUAGUUCCCGAAGUUCCGCUUUCGUAGCUUUCGUCGUUCAUUUGUUUGCUAUCGAUAUUUUCGCCUGUCUUUGUGUAUCUGGAUGUAUCAUUACUGUAAAAUGUGUCUCUGUAAUACUAGCAAGUGC